GAAGGACUAGUCGUUUAACGUGGAUUUAUUUAAUCAUUGGAUUUAAGCGAUUGAAAAGAAAAACAACAACAUCUCUAGUCCAUGUGAAAAUAAGAUAUUAGAAAUUUAGAUGUUAUGAUACAUAGACACUGUGUUUUAAAGAAUAAUUCAUUUAAUAGAGUUUCCAGUACAAUAGGAGAAAUCAAACAAACAAUUACUUCAAACCAGUCAUUUGACUCUUCGACCGGAAUAGUGAUCAUCAUCUCAGCGUUAAUGGAUUAAAGUGACAUCACUUUGACAAAUUCGAAACACAGACAUUUUCCGUCAUCUAAAAUCUUUAUAGAUGCUUUUAACAUUUAGAGAACAUAUCUACGUAUCACAUUACUUGGAAUUAAAGACACCCAUUUGCCUCUCGGGUCUUCUUAUAAUCGAAGUUUGAAAUACCUAAAGGAUUAUAAAGCAGUGAGGGAGAUCUUAAAUUAUGUUCUGAUGACAGACAACGAUAACCUAACGCUCGGGAAAUGCCAACAAAGGCAGGUUAUGAACUCAAAAGGUCGCAUAUUGUCAUUUUCACUACUGUAUGGAGUCCUUGUUAUGAUCGUGUUGAACCCAGCCCCCGUGUCUCCGACCCUAUGCGAGUCUCGCUGUGAAAACGCCGUCCCCUACCUACGGAGGCUGAAAACCCUCUGGCACCACCUCUCCAAACGAGAAGGAAGCGAUGACAUAUCGUUUACCGAGUUUAUACAGUCACUGAUGUACGCUGCACGGCGAUAUGGCAAACUCUCUCCACUCAAGCAAGACUUACUUCAAAUGGUGAUAGAAUAUAAAGACUGUGUAAAAGCCUGUGAGCACCAACAUAGCAAACGCAGUGGCAAUAGUAAUGGAAUUACAGCAAUCAAUAGAAUAUGUACGCGGGGGUUGAUAUGUAUUUUCGAAGAAUGACGACCAACACCUAACAACAUGUUUUAAAUUUUGCCAUGUAUGAAAAGCUAUUUUCAUAAUAAAAUAACC